AAAAGUAACACUUUUGCUGUCCCCAGCCCCGCGGCCCCAGCCCAGCCGGUCUCCCGCGGGCGCGGCAGCGUCCUGGGCCAGGGCCACCGUCCCUGCCGCUUGGACCGCGCCUCUAACUCAGCCCUAACCAGGCACCUGGCCGGGCCUCCCGGGGUUGCGAGGACGUGCAAAGGGGACAGGGAUCGUUAAGCUCUCAGGACGCGGGGAAGAGCUGGCGUGACGAGGCGUCCCGCGGGAAGCCGAGCCCCCGGGGAGCCGGCAGCCCUGCGCCCGCGGGCGAGCCGCCAGGCCCCGCAGCUAUUCCGGGACGCGCCGCGGGGCUCGCGGCACUCGCAGCGGCUCCCCUGCGCCAGCCGGCCCCGGACCCCGUUCUGGGCCGAAGAUGCCUGCCCUUCACAUCGAAGAUUUGCCGGAGAAGGAAAAACUGAAGAUGGAGGUUGAGCAACUUCGCAAAGAAGUGAAGUUGCAGAGACAGCAGGUGUCUAAAUGUUCUGAAGAAAUAAAGAACUAUAUUGAAGAGCGUUCUGGAGAGGACCCUCUGGUGAAGGGAAUCCCAGAAGACAAGAAUCCCUUUAAAGAAAAAGGCAGCUGCAUCAUUUCAUAAAUAACUCUGGGGAGAAACUUUAUCCUCAGUGGAAGAACUAGUUUAUUUUAGUUUUUCUGAAUAAAACCAACAUGCCUUUUAAGGAAGUAAAAAUGAAACUUACAGGAGACUUUCUUAAGCACUAUAUAGAUAGAGUUAUGUAUAAAAGCAUAUGUGCUUCUCCACUUUGCUCACUAGACACCCUUUUUAAAACGACAGAAAGUAUCAGAUGUACAAAUAAGAACAUUACUUGUGUAUGACUCACCUCUUUCAGUGUAUUGCUUGAUGCCUCAAAUAAAGUUUUAUCUUGGGAAAAUGA